GGGAGCGGCAGGUGGGGGUCAGUUGGAGACAUUGGUGGUUUUGUUGGCCUGCUCCUUGGUUUAGGCUGACUCCCCCUGUGGAUUUGGGCUGACAACUGAAGUCGCUGCAAAGGAAAUCUCAAGGGGUCAGUAUCUGCAGUGUCACCAUGUUCUGUUGGUCCAAAGGAAGGAAUUACAACCAUAAGUACCACCAUAAACAGAGCCAAUAUGUGGUCAAAGAGUACAGCAGUUCUGAGGAGGUGUUGGACAGAUAUGAAUUUAAAACACGAGCCCACAUCCAGGAAGUGCUAAAUAUGAAGAUGCCGCGCAAAUACGUGCGGGAGGAGCCAACGAUCAGGGGACCAAUUUUCCUGGUCAGACUCAGGUCUCACACCGUGUUUGAAAACACUCCAAUCAAUCUCUUUUGCACUGUGGAAGGCUACCCUCUGCCUAUUGUGAAAUGGUAUAAAGACGAUGUGAUCCUGGACAUGUCUUCUGGGAAGUAUAUGGUUCAAGCAAACGGUGGUGUCCACUCCCUGGAGAUUCAAAGAUGUACUACUGAUGAUACAGCUCAGUACACAGUUGUGGCUGGUAAUAUGCAUGGACAAGCCUCCAGUCAGGCCUCUGUUAUUGUGAAGAGAUACAAACAUGAGGAGUUUUGUCCAUAUGGAUGGGUACCUUACAAUGCUGCCAUGCUUCCUAAAAUCCAUUACACUAAAAUCAACAUUACCUUUGAGGAGAAGUUUGGCCCUGUGUUUGCCUCUGAGGGAGAGUCCGCCACUCUGACUGCAACAAUGAACCUGGAACCCAACCUGGCCAACCUGCAACCUGAGGCACAGUGGUACAGAGAUGACACUCGUUUGUUUGAUUCUAAAUGGGUGAAGAUUGAAACAGGUAGAGGAGUCAGUACCUUGAGUCUUCCUAUCCUCUACAAAGAUGACGAGGGCUUGUACACACUACGCAUGGUCACAAAAGGAGGCACUGCAGAACAUAGUGCAUUCGUCUCUGUUGCAGACAGUCCUCCCCCAGUCGUUGGUGCGCCCGGUGCACCAAUGGACAUGAAGAUCCACGACGCCAACAGGGACUACGUCAUUGUGUCAUGGAAGCCCCCUAAUACCACCACAGAGGGUCCAAUUUUGGGAUACUUUGUAGACAAAUGUGAGGUUGGAACAGAAAACUGGACUCAGUGCAACGAUCAACCCAUUAAGAUCUGUAAAUACCCCGUGUCCGGCCUGUUUGAGGGACACUCCUACUACUUCAGGGUCAGAGCAGUCAACUCCCGCGGAGUCAGCAAACCAUCCCGCAUGUCAGAGCCCAUCGCUGCAUUGGACCCGACCGAGUUUGAAAGACUGCAUACUAGAAAAUUCGGAGGAAGGUUGGAUGUUGUGUCUUACCAUGAUGAGGUUGAAGCUGACGGAAAACCUCCGUGUUCUCCAUCCGGAAUUUAUGCGUCAGAAACUGACAGGACUUACAUUGUUCUGAGCUGGAAAGCCCCUUUAUAUUCCAACAAGGCCCCCAUGUGGUAUUACAUAGAAAAGAGCAUGGCAGACAGCGAUGCCUGGCAACGCGUUAACACUCAGGUCCCAAUUCGAUCCCCCCGCUAUGCUGUCUUUGACCUGGCAGAGGGUAAACAGUAUAAGUUCAGAGUCUUGUCCGCCAAUAUGUAUGGGACCAGCGAACCAUCAGAACCAAGUCAACCCAUUGAAACGCAAGAACUUAAAGGUGUGCCUUCAGCUCCCGGCCAGGUGAUUUCAACCCGAGAAACGGACACCUCUGUCCUCAUCCAAUGGGCUCCUCCAAAAGAACCCAACAAUCUGAUUGGCUACUACAUCGACCAGUGUGUGAAGGGGUCUAAAGACUGGAUCUCAGCCAACCAUAAACCACACAAGAGCACAAAGUUUGUGGUAAGCGGUCUGACAACAGGGGAAACCUACGUGUUCCGUGUCCAGGCUAUCAAUGAGAUUGGCCUCAGUGAGGAAUCCCAAGAGUCUGCACCUCUAACAGUAAAGGCUGCCCUUACCGCACCGUCUGCUCCUUAUGCGAUUGCUGUGGUCAGCUGUGACGGACAUUCGAUGGUCCUGAGCUGGAAGAAGCCCCUUCUCUCUGGCGGUACACCGAUUAAGGACUAUUAUAUUGACAAGAGACCUAGCGGAACAAGCUUGUGGAGGGAGAUCAAUAUCCCACCAGUCACAGAAAGACUUUACAAGGUGGAGGGCCUGACACAAGGAGAAGUUUAUCAGUUCCAGGUUUAUGCAGCCAACCUUGUUGGCCUGGGACCAGCAUCCAAAUGCUCAGCCGACAUCACUUGUGAAGCAUGGACUAUGCCUGAGCCAGGCCCUGCAUAUGAUCUGUCUACUUGCGAGGUUAGAGAUGAUUCGUUGGUACUUGAGUGGCAAAAGCCAGUCUACAUUGGUUCUGGACCCAUCAAUGGUUAUUAUGUGGAAUAUGCUAAGCGUGGCACUAAUGAAUGGACAGCAGCCAAUGAUGAACCCACCAGUCAAUGCUUCCUCAAGGUAACAGGGCUGGAGGAGGGCUGCACUUAUGACCUCAGGGUGCGUGCUGUCAAUGAUGCAGGUGUAGGCAUGGCCUCCAUGCCUUCUGAACCCGUCACUGCUAAAGCUGUGUCAGGCUCCCAGGAGGUGUCCUGCUCUGUGGAUGAGAAGACAGGUGACAUUGUUUUCACAUUCGAGUCUUGCCAAAUGAAUGCAGGCUCUCAGUUUGUCUGGAAGAAAGAUUAUCAAGAAAUCACAGAUUUCUCUAAAGGGGUUUCGAUUAAGACUGAAGGCAACAAAACCAAGCUGAUCUUUAAGAAUGCGGAUAAAGAAGACUUUGGGACAUUCUCUGUUUCUGUCACCAACACAGAAGGAGUUUCAUCCAGUUUUGCGAUCGACCCUGAUGAGAUGGCAAAGUUGUUGGUACUCAGCUAUGACAUCAGACACCCAAUCAUCCCACUGAAGUCGGAGCUGGCCUACAAAAUUUUGGAGAGAGGCAGAAUGAAGUUCUGGCUUCAGGCUGAAGAAAUUUCCCCCAACGUCACCUACAAAUUCUUUGUUAAUAACAAGGAAAUGUCUGGAGCUAGUCCCAACAAGUUGGGCCAUGAUGUGUCUACAGGCGUCAUUGAAUACACCAUGGACCAUUUCACUGAAGACAAUGAAGGGACGUACACCUGCCAGAUUACGGAUGGAGGUGGCACAGCACAGAGCUCUCUGGUUCUGAUUGGAGAUGCCUUCAAGGCAGCGCUGGCUGAGGCUGAAUAUCAGAGGAGAGAAUACAUCAGAGUCAAAGAGGGCCCCCACUUCAGCGAGUUCCUGUCCCUUCACGUGGGAGAUGACUGCUCAGUCACACUGGCGUGCAAGGUUGCUAACUUGAAGAAAGAAUCUGAGUUCCAUUGGUUUAGAGAAAACGAAGAAAUAAUCCCUGAUGUAAAGCCUGACUUGGUAUCGGGAGUCUGUAAACUGCCCAUUAAACUGUUUUCUCUGAAAACAACAGGAAUUUACAAAGCCACAAUCAGUGAUGAUAGAGGAAAGGACAUGAGCCAAAUUGACAUUUCUGGAAAAGUAUUUGAAGAGACCAUAAACCAGAUCACCCGACUGGCUGGAGCAACUGCACAGGAGUUGGUGAUCCACUGCACGGCCACUGGCAUUCAGCUGCAAUGUGCCAUGAAGUAUUAUACCUCAGAGAUGAACAUCACUUGGUACUACGGUGAGAAAAAACUCUCCCCCAGUGACAAGAUUGUAAUAGGAGGAUCCCCUGCUAUGGCAACAAUGGAGGUGGUUGAACCAACCGACAAGGACAAAGGGAAAUACUCCAUCGUGAUAACCGACCCUGAAGACUCACACAAGCGCACACUGGAUCUUAGUGGUGAUGUUUAUGACAAAGCAUACGCUGAGUUCCUGAAACUCAAGGCGGAGGCUUAUGCUGAGAAGCACCGUGGUAAGGUGAUUGGUGGGCUGCCUGACGUCGUCACCAUUAUGGAAAAGAAGACUCUGAGCUUAACGUGCACAGUGUGCGGGGACCCCAAACCUCAGGUCACUUGGCUAAAGAACGGAGUGGAGGUUGAGCGGGACGAUCAGUACGUGAUCUCUCUGGACCAGGGAAAGUUUGCCAGUCUUACAAUCAAAGGUGUGACUAUGGAGGAUUCUGGAAAAUUCUCAAUGAUUAUCCAGAACAAAUUUGGAGGGGAGUCUGUGGAUGUUGUGGUGAGCGUGUAUCGUCAAGGUGACAAAAUCCCAGAGGCAAAACCGACUGUGACGACAAAAACAAUAAUCCCACCCAAACUGCCCAUUGAGCUCCCUGAAACCAAGACCCCGCCAGCCCCAACCCCCGCCCGCCCCGCUCAUAGCCCCACCCCUCCCAGGGCAGCCCCAGGAAGAGGUGUGAAGAGUCCCACCCCAACUCGGAGGAAAUUGUAAAAGGUUAAGAAAGAAACCAUAACAACAAACUGGUGCUAAUUUUUUGUGCACUUGUAUUAAUGUCUUUAAAAUCAAAUUGAGCAAAUUCUGUGACAUUAAUUUAGAGUGUUGGGAAAUUCAUGGUAAUUGAAAAAUUCUUAUAAAUGUAUUACAAAAGCAGACGAAUAAGAGAACAUUAGAAAAAAAAAAAGUUGCCAGCGUGGGAUGUUUGAAUUUGGGGAAACAAAAUAUAGUAAUUAUUCAAAUCGCAAAUGUGUGUGAUUUGAUUAGCAUGAAGCGGAAUAAAAGUGAAACUUGAAAACCAA